AUGUCUGGAGCUCCCAGAUUGAGGUCAACAAAUGUUGCUGAUUCAGAGGCAAGGCCUGUGCUUGGACCAACUGGAAACAAGGCAGGGUCAUUGAGUUCUAGAAAACCCACUUCAAAGCCACAGAGGAAGGCAGAGAAAUUGAGGGAUGAGGUUGCAUCAGCCAAAGAGAAAAAUACCCACCAAUUGUCUUCAAACGUAACUUCCUCUCCUAAGUCACAUUCUGUCAGUGUUCCUUCAGUACUCCGCAGGCAUGAACAGCUAUUGCAUUCUAAUUUGUCUCUGAAUGCUUCAUGUUCAUCCGAUGCCUCUACGGAUUCAUUCCACAGUAGAGCAUCUACAGGCAGAUUGACUCGGUCUAAUAGCUUAGUUAGUAGAAGGAAACCAUUUGCGUCAAAGCCAAGAAGUGUUUCUUCUGAUGGUGCUUUGGAUUCUCCACCUGAUGGUUCACAAUCAAAGAAGAGGUGUACCUGGGUCACGCCUAAUACCGAACCGUGUUACGCUGCUUUCCAUGAUGAAGAAUGGGGAGUUCCAGUACAUGAUGACAAGAAACUGUUUGAACUUCUUGUACUUUCGAGUGCACUGUCUGAACUCACUUGGCCAGUCAUUCUGAGCAAAAGGCACAUUUUUAGGGAAGUAUUUGCAGACUUCGAUCCAUUAGCUGUCUCAAAAUUGAAUGAAAAGAAAAUGAUUGCACCAGGAACUACUGCAAGUUCCCUUCUUUCAGAACUUAAAUUGCGUGCUAUAAUUGAGAAUGCACAUCAAACAUCAAAGGUUGUUGAUGAAUUUGGGUCAUUUGACAAGUAUAUAUGGAGUUUUGUGAACCACAAGCCUAUAGCUAGUAGAUUCCGAUAUCCUCGACAGGUUCCUGUAAAAACUCCAAAAGCCGAUGUGAUUAGUAAAGACCUGGUAAGAAGAGGAUUCCGUGGUGUGGGGCCCACCGUCGUGUACUCCUUCAUGCAGGUAGCUGGGUUAACAAAUGACCAUCUCAUCAGCUGCUUCAGAUUCCACGAAUGUAUAGCUGCAGCAGAAGGGAAGGAAGAGAAUGGCAUCAUGAACAAUGCUCGUGAACAAAAGGAGAGUGAUAAAGUGAUAGAAUCAGAUCUGUCCAUUGCCAUUGAUGAUUUGAGUUUCUCCUCAGAAUGAUGGUUCCACUGUCUUGGCUGACAGAGCCUCCAGGUUCUAUCAGCAGUGUCAUCCUGUCCACUGAUUCAAUGCUAGCCCUUAGAUUGAGUAAUGAUGGAGGGUAAUUUGUGUAUAAAUUUCAUAUUAUUCUCCCUGAACUUGAUUAUGAUGAUGGAUUCUUAGAUUGUAGAUUUUUACUAAAGCUCAAGUGAAUGAAAUCAACCCUGUACCUGUAAUGUUGUAUGAAGCUUCUUCAGGCAGCCUUUUAAACUGGUGUUACUAUUUUCUGUACAGUUAAAGCAAGUGAUUAUAAUUUUCUUUCA